AUUAGCUUUAAUCCAACACGGGACAGUCAUCACAAGAACCAAUUAGGAUACUGGGUUCAUACUAAUCUACUACCAAUUACUAGUUAAAUAACAAAAAUAGUGAUUUAAUCCAACUAGGGACAGUCAUCAGAAGAACCACUUAGGAUGUAGGGUUCAUACUAAUCUACUACCAAUUACAACACCAAUUAGUAGUUAAAUAACAAAAAUACUGAAGUCUAGAUGCAUACAUAUCAAGCCCUUUAUGCCUUAAUCUCCUCCUCAACAGUCUUUUGGAGAACUCCUCCUAGCUUAGCAGCCUGGCGUGCCAAAUCAACCCGGCAUAACAACCCAAGGCUCUCUCCCAAAGACUGGCAGCAUCCAAUCUUGCCUUUCUCCAACAGUAUAUUAUGCCCUGCAACAUCAAAAUGUUGCCCCCUAGUGGCAGCAUACAAGGCCCAAGCCUUGGACAAAUCCUCCCAGUUUUUAAUCAAACCUUCAAGAGAAGCAAAUGUAUCCACCCCAUCAUAGAUGUUAACCACAGCUUCAAGGGGCAUAAGAUUACUCACCUCACCCCUUUUUAUCCUCAUCAGAUGCCCUUUGAAACCAAGGACACGAGUCAGGGAAGUCGGGAAUAGGAAGAAGACCACCUUCGGCAGCAAGAUCACCCACCAUGAAACUCUUGAAUCCGCAGCAAACUUGAUGUUCAAUGGGCUUAAACCACACCGCUUCGCAGAUAUGAACAAAGAGCACUUCACAAGAGCGCUUCCGAAUGGAUGAAUCAGGAUCCUGCAUGUCCUCUAUAGCUUUGGUCAAUAUCUUCGCACCCAAUGUCGUGGUGUACGGAAACCUAUACCGGAUACUCUCAACAUCCUCUUCCGCAAUGUCAAUCACAAAGUCUAUACCCUUAAAACUGAUCCACUUCCCUGAAUACUUAUCAAUUUUUUAUAUAAGGACGCUCGUAGUUAACCCGGCAUAUCUUAACUCAACUUCCAUUAGAGGGAAGUCCUUACUUUGUUUAUUAAACCAACACUCUGGAAUACCUUUUACAACACACCCCCUAGCACAAUUCGUUCUUAGCAUUGGGAUCAACGCAGUAAAGCUCUGCCCAGGAUACUAAUUUUUUGAGUCAAUUGUGCUAAGGAGUGUGUUGUAAAAGGUAUUUCGGAGUGUUGGUUUAAUAAACAAAGUAAGGACUGCCCUCUAAUGGAAGUAGAGUUAAGACAUGUCGGGUUAACUACGAGCGUCCUUAUAUCAAAUAUUGAUAAGUAUUUAAAGAAGUGGAUCAGUUUUAAGGGUAUAGACUUUGUGAUUGACAUUGCAGAAGAGGGUGUUGAGAGUAUUUGGUACAUGUUUCCGUACACCACGACAUUGGGUGCGAAGGCAUUGACCAAAGCUAUAGAGGGCCUCCUGAUUCAUCUAUUCGGAAGCGCUCUUGUAAAGUGCUCUUUGUUAAUAUCUGCGAAGCGAUGCAGUUUAAGUCCAUUGAACAUCAAGUUUGCCGCGGAUUCAAGAGUUUCAUGAUGGGUGAUGCCGAAGGUGGUCUUCUUCCCAUUCCUGACCUCCCUGACCCGUGUCCCUGGUUUCUAGGGGCAUUUGAUGAGGAUAAAAGGAGUGAGAUGAGUAAUCUUAUGUCCCUUGCAGCUGUGGUUAACAUCUAUGAUGGGGUGGAUACAUUUGCUUCUCUUGAAGGUUUGAUUAAAAACUGGGAGGAUUUGUCCAAGGCUUGGGUCUUGUAUGGUGCUACUAGGGGGCAACAUUUUGAUGUUGCAGGGCAUAAUAUACUGUUGGAGAAAGGCAAAAUUGGAUUUGCUUCUCUUUAUAAGGAUUGUUAGUUGUGUGAAUAGAGGAUUUUUUUGCUUGGCGAAAAGCCAUUUCAGUGAAAAAAAGAAUAAAAUGGGCCUGAAAAGAAAUAAAACAAGAAUUAAAUAUUACAAUUUAAAAAGAGAAGAGGAAAAUAAUGCCUAACAAUGAAGAGGAAGCAAAUCUGAAUGUAGGAGACCAGAAGUUCUAGGUGUCAAGUUAUAUGGAUGUAUUUUAACUAAUUGUGUGCGUAAUGUGAAAUUAAUUUGACCCCAUAGAGGCCGGCUAAUCUUAGCCUCUUGGGUUAAUUUUAAGAACCAAUUGUAUUAAAGCAUUCCUAAUCCUCUUCAUUAAUGCCUCCUACGCUCCCGCUUAAACUCACUCAAGAGAGAAUAAACAAAAUUUUACCUGAGCAAUUUGGAUCUCCUUCUAACAAACUAUGCGGCGGCAGAAGAGGAGGAGGUAACCGGAGCUACAGCGGCGCUUGUGGCUGGUGCUGCUUUCCAAGAAGAAUGUAGAACACAAAGGGUUUAGGGCUUUACAAAAGGUUAUUUACAUACUGGGGUUUUUUUUUAUUUCUUCAUAAUUCUUCUAAUAAAUCAAUUUAAAUAAAAUCAUUAGAUAUAUAAAUAAAUUUUGUACUCCGUAUGUCCAUUGGGUAAAAACCUCUUUAAGCAGAAAAACCGAGUUCAACAUAUACUCGAGUACAUACGCAGACUAGACCCAAAUACCCAAAAAAAAACUUGAAAAAAUACCUGUAAUUAUGUCAUUCAAAAAAAUUGUACCCUAUUUCGGAUUUAUUUUUUUUUUUUAAAUUAUUCAAUGAAUUAAUAUGAAAUAUUCAAACCAUUAACGGUAUAAGAUAUAAAUAAAUCUAAUCAAAAUUCAAUAGAAAAUUAAGAGUAAAUUCCAUAAAAGUUCCUCGUUUUA